AUGAAUGUCUUAAGGCUAAUUGUUUCGUUGAUUUGCACAUUAUUAUUCUGGGCGGCAGUAAAUGCAGAUGAUGCUGUUAUGAAAUUCACCGAUGCUACCUUCAAGGAUGGCAUCAAACCGUACGAUAUAUUGCUUGUGAAAUUUUUUGCUCCAUGGUGUGGACAUUGCAAAAAGAUAGCGCCUGAAUUUGAAAAAGCUGCCGCAAAAUUGGUGCAAAAUGAUCCGCCAGUUUAUCUUGCCGAAGUUGACUGCACGGAAAACAAGAAGACAUGUGAUGAUGUGGGUGUCUCUGGCUUCCCAACGCUCAAAAUCUAUCGCAAAGGUGAAUUUGCACAAGACUAUGAGGGGCCGCGUGUGGCAGACGGUAUCGUCAAAUACAUGCGCGGACAAGUCGGCCCAUCGGCUACCGAGAUCAAGACCACCAAGGAGUUUGACACCGUCCUGAAUUCCGAUGAAACCGUGAUUUGUGGUAAGCUUUCGCUUACGUUUCGACGCCUUAUUACCUCAUUUUGA